AUGUCUGGAAAUCGCGUCGCCUGGAUUGGCCUCGGCAAUAUCGGCCGUGGCUUGAGCGCCAACAUCGCCAGAAAGGGUCCCCAAUCAAGCCUGAUCCUGUACAACCGCACCACCGCCCGCGCGACCACUCUCGCCGCAACCCUCGACGGCAAAGCAACAGUCGCCAAUACGAUCCCCGAAGCCGUACAGAACGCCGACGUCAUCUUCAUCUGUGUCGGCGACGACCCCGCCCUUGAAGAAGUGAUCGCCGGCACACUUUCUGAUAACAUCGACCUGUCAUCUAAGACCUUCGUCGACUGCUCGACUGUUCACCCUGAUACCUCUCGCCGUGCCGAGGCCGCCUACAUUGCCCGUGGAGCCGGCUUCGUCGCGUGUCCUGUUUUCGGCGCGCCUAACAUGGCGGACAUGGGACAGAUGAUUGUUCUGCCAGCUGGUAAGCAGGCUUCUAUUGCCAAGGUGAAGCCUUUCUUCGAGGGUGUCAUUGCCAAGGCGACGAUUGAUCUAUCUGAGGGGACGGGUGCGGAUAUCGAUGUCGGACGCGCUUCGACUAUGAAGGUGUUGGGUAAUACCUUCAUCUUGAACACUGUUGGUGUUCUUGCUGAGACUCUUACUGCCGCUGAGGCUACGGGUCUUGGCACUGGGCCGAUGAAGCAGUGGUUGGAUCUGUUUGCUCCCGGGCCAUUUGCUAAAUAUGCGGAGCGUAUGAUUACUGGUGAUUACUACCAACGCGAGGAGCCGCUGUUUGCUGUUGAUCUGGCACGGAAGGAUCUGAGACAUGCGUCGAACUUGGCCAAGGAGGGUGGCCAGCACAUGCGUAACGUUGAAGUUACGGAUGGAUUCUUGCAGGAUGUCAAAGCUGAGCAGGGUGCCAAGGGUGAUAUUGCAGCUGUCUAUGGAGCGGCGAGAAAGGCUGCUGGGAUGAAGUUUGGCAACCAAUAA